AUGUCUUCCUUUUUCACCGUACCUGCUUCGCAGCGCAAGCGCAAGAGAGACGACCGCCCUGCGACUACAGCAACCAAGAAACGAGGCGGCGAUGGCGACGGUUCAAAGACCCAGCGACCCCGUGAACGAGAGGAAUCAAUCUCUGGAAGUGACUUGGACGAAGAUGAUGAAAUUGCCUCGGGAAUUUCUGGGGACGAUUCCGAGUCGGACUCAGAUGAUGGCGAAACAGCGGCAGACCGAAGAUUGAAAUUGGCUGAACGUUAUCUGGAUAACGUUCGCGAAGAGGUCGAUGAAGUUGGAUUCAAUGCGGAAGACAUUGAUCGAGACUUAAUUGCAGAGAGAUUGAAGGAGGAUGUGGAUGAAUUCAAAGGACGAACUUUUCGACAAAUCGCUGCCAAACUCGCAUUUCCCACGGCUGGCCACUCAUUCUUCCGCUCAGAUACCCAAACUACUACUUCUAUCGCUGUGCAUGCCCCAUACGUUUAUACUGUUUCAAAAGACAAAGUUUUGACCAAAUGGGAAUUGGCCACCCCAGAGACAAGCACUCAAGAUGGCUCUUCGCAAAGGCCUUCCAAACCACAACGCAAGAAACCCAAGCGGGUAAAGUAUGCCCGGGGCAUGCGCAAGGUGGCUGAAACAGGUCAAGAACAUGGCCACACAGCUCAGAUCUUGUCUGUCGCUGUCAGCCCGUCCGGAAAGUUUUUGGCAACAGGAGGUGCAGACAACAAGCUUAUUAUUUGGAAUGCCGAUACCUUGACUCCUGCUCAGACUUUCCCCCAGCACCGUGAUUCUGUCAGCAGUCUUGCUUUUGCCAGACAUAUUUCGGCUAUGAGCUCUGGAGAGCAAUUAUUCUCUGGCAGCCACGACCGUACAAUCAAAACUUGGUCUAUUAGCUCAGCCGGUCAUGCAUAUGUGGAGACUUUGUUCGGUCAUCAAGAUCACGUGACUGGAGUUGCCGCGAUGACGAUUGACCAAGCCCUUAGCGUUGGUGCGAGAGAUAGAACAGCAAGAUUGUGGAAGGUCGUUGAUGAAUCUCAACUCGUCUUCCGAGGUGGUGCAUCAAGGAACGCUCCAUACCGGGAGAGCAACAUCGAUUGUAUUGCAGCACUCCCACCCGCUCAUUUUGUCACUGGUUCCGACUCUGGAUCCAUUUCAUUGUGGUCCGUUCACAAGAAAAAGCCUCUUUACACUAUCGCCUUAGCACAUGGCACGGAUCCCAUUCCUCCUCUGGACGAACUGUCUCCAGAAGUAAGUGCAGAGACUGCUGCUCACAAUUCCCGCCACUUGCGUCCCAGGCCCCGCUGGAUUACAGCUUUAACCACUCUUCCUGGUACCGAUGUCGUUCUCAGUGGUAGCUGGGAUGGUUGGAUUCGCGCAUGGCGCAUUUCAGAGGAUAAGAGAAUCAUCAUUCCUCUAGGCCCAAUCGGUGCAGGGACCCCUGGCCAAUUCUCACCUGACACACCUUCGCAACAACUCAACCAAUCUCUCGCCCACGCUGACGCUGACGAAAUGGAUACGCAAGAGAAGAAGAGUGAGCCAGAACCACUUGUGAAGGGCAUAAUUAAUGACAUCGCCGUUUUCGAGCGCCGUCCAGAGUCAGACAUGCCCGACUCCAAAGCAUCAGCCAAGGCCCAGUCGAUUAAUGAGCCGCGUGGCCUAUGUAUCGUUGCAGCAAUGGGCAAGGAGCAUCGACUAGGCAGGUGGCAUUGUUACGCCAAUAACUACAGUGAAGCUCCUUCAGCAGGUGGUCGCAACGGUGCCGUCGUCUUCGAAGUUCCUUUCACAUCUCUCGAUGAUACAGAGGCCGAUGUAUAA